GGUAACAAAACAAACUGAAAUUGCCAACUGCAGCCAAUUUCACAAAUGAUGAAGCCGAGCCACUGCUAAUUGAUCACCCCUCACGUCAGUGUUAAAUCAAUCAAAUAUUCAGCUGCAAACAAGAAAAUAAUUCUCUGUACGAACUAGGAACAUUCAAACAUUAAUGCAAAAGUCAUAGCCGAAAUGCAGAACAACAUUACUCCUCACCCAAUAUCUUAACAUGGUACAGAAUCAGAUCCUUCUCUGUUCUUAGUUUACUCAAUAUUGAUUUCCAUGCUAUAUUGUUCACGCAUUCAUAAUCUUUCAUGGUAGUCUUGUUUGCUGGAAAUUAAAUGUGGAGGCAGAAGUUCUAGUGUUGCUUCAUGUUUUGGAAUGGAAAAGGCAGAGGCCAGUUGACUGAGGCAAUGGAUGAGUCGCCGCCGGAAGUGGUGAACUUUGGGAAAUCUCUGUUAGUUCCAAGUGUUCAAGAGCUUGCCAACGAGCACCUUACUAAUAUUCCGGCAAGGUAUGUCCGUCCUGAACAAGAAUCUCCGGCCGUAUCCGAUGGAACGGUGGGUCCUACAGUCCCCGUUAUCGACCUGAAAAAGUUGGUAUCUGGUGAUUCCAUGGAUUCUGAGCUUCAAAAACUUCACUCGGCUUGCCAACACUGGGGUUUCCUCCAGGUUGUAAACCAUGGAGUGACACCUUCAAUACUGGAGAACUUCAAGAGAGAGGUUAUCGAACUGUUCAGUCUCACAAUGGAAGAAAAGAAGAAGCUAUGGCAACAGGAAGGCAACCAUGAAGGAUUUGGGCAGCUCUUUGUUGUAUCAGAGGAGCAGAAACUUGAUUGGAGUGAUAUGUUUUACAUAACUACUCUUCCCCCUCAUAUCCGGCAAAUGGAGUUAUUCCAAAACUUGCCCUCAAACCUCAGGGAUAUCAUGGAAGCAUACUGCAAUGAAAUCAAGAGCCUAGGAAUGAUCAUCCUAUGUCAAUUGGCAAAGGCUUUAAGGAUGGAUGAAAAGGAAAUGAGAGAGCUAUUCAGUGAUGGUGUGCAGUCAAUAAGGAUGAAUUAUUAUCCUCCUUGCCCUGAGCCAGACAGAACUAUUGGCUUCAGCCCUCAUUCUGAUGCUGAUGCCCUCACAAUCCUUUUCCAGCUAAAUGAAACUGAAGGCCUCCAAGUUCGAAAAGAUGGCAUUUGGGUGCCUAUAAAACCACUCCCAAAUGCUUUAAUUGUGAAUAUUGGCGAUAUUAUGGAGAUAGUGAGCAAUGGUGUUUAUAGGAGCAUUGAGCACAGAGCAGUUGUAAACUCAAACAAAGAGAGGCUAUCUGUUGCAACAUUCUAUAGCUCCAACCUUGACUCGGAAUUGGGACCUGCACACAGCCUCAUUGGACCAAGUAGUCCAGCAAUUUUCCGAAGAGUUCCCGUGGAAAAAUAUUUCAAGGAUUUUUUUGCACGAAAACUUGAUGGAAAAUCGUACAUUGAUUUCAUGAAGGAAGAGGCAAGGGAUGGUGAAUCCUAGGUGGCAGUUGAUACUUUAGUUGGUUAUUAGCUUAUCUAUAUCCAGUGAAAUAUUCUUACAAGUUACUUUUGCUAUUGUAAUAUGGAGUUCCACUGUUUGAUAACAGUAAUAAAGAAGAAAAAAAAUAUUAUAAUCUCUGUUUCAUUA